AUGGCUCAGGGCUGCCCUUCCUUCAAGGAGCUCGGGCUCGACCUGCGGCUGCUCAAGGCGGUCCAGAAGCUUGGCCUCGAGACACCCACGCCCGUCCAGGCCCGCUGCAUCCCGCUCGCGCUCGCCGGCAAGGAUGUCCUCGCAAAGGCGCCGACCGGCUCAGGAAAGACAUACGCGUAUGUGGUGCCGAUGCUGCAAAAGGUGCUGACGCGGCAGGACGCGGCUCCGGGACCGACCCUCUCGCCCGGCGCGCUCGUCCUCGUGCCGACGCGCGAGCUGUGCCAGCAGGUCUACGGGGUGGCGCGUGGGCUGCUCGGCGCCGCCGGCGCAGGCUCAAUGCGCGUCUCUCUGCUCGCCGCGGCGGCGGACGGCGCGGCGAUGCGGGCGGGACGGCAGCCGGACGUGCUGGCGGAUCUGCUCCUCUCGUACGGCUACGGCGAGGACAUGGCGGCGCUCGGGGAGAAGCUCCCGCCCUCGAGAGUCUCGCCUCGUGCCGCGUGA